UUUUCUCAGUGAUUUAGAAAAGAAAAUUCUGAAAUGAUCAUCGGAUUAUUUUCACUAUCGUCGUUAUUAUUAUUAAAAUCAUCAUGUCUUUGCCAACAAAAAAAAUUUCUACUAUCACCAAUGAUGAUGAUCAUAAGAUCGAUGAUAAUAUUGAUCAACAGCAACAAUUAAUAGAAAUUGUAAACAAGAAUGAAAACGAAAAGGAAUCUGUGAUAGAAACCGUAAACACUUCCAUUGAUAAAACUUUAUUGCCGGAUAAUGAUGAAUCGUUGUGUACGGACACUGUGGCUUCCAACAAUCCAACAACAGCAUUUAAUAUAAUUGAUGAUUUGGAAACUUCAUUAGUCAACAAUUUUACGGUGGCUAAAACGGCCUCAACUUCUGAAAUUUCAUCCACUAAUAAUAAUAACAACAACAAUAAUAAUAAUCUUGUCGAUUCCAAUGAUUCGAAUUCUAUUUCAACACAGGAAUCGAAUAUUGAAUCAUCUGAUCCUAAUGAAGAUCAUUUAAAACCAGAAUUGUCGACAAGUACCACUGGACUGGAUCCUAUUGCCACUGAGUCAACAAUUUCAACAACACAAACUAAUUCUGUCAGCAAUCUAAGUUCACAAGAAUAUCAUCUUAAAUGGAUUAAAUGGAAAGUAGGAAACAGUGGUUCUAAUGGAAGUAACAAUAAUAAUAAUAAUAAUAAUGGAAAUGGAAAUGGAAAUGGAAAUAAUAGUCAACCACAACAGCAACCCCAAAAAGUGCCAAUUGUAACACAAAAUUCCAAUGGUUCAUGUCCAUUAUUGGCCAUAAUCAAUGUAUUGUUAUUGAGAAAAAAUAUAACAUUUCCACCAAUCAUCGAAAUUGUUACAGCAUCGCAAUUAAUGGAUUAUCUUUGUGAUUGUAUACUAACCUAUGUUCCUAAGAAUCUACCUGAACAAGACAAAUUAAAUUAUGAACAAAAUCUUCAAGAUGCAAUGUCUAUUAUGCCAAGAUUACAAACUGGUUUGGAUGUAAACGUUAAAUUUACCGGGAUAAUGGAUUUUGAAUAUACACCUGAAUGUAUAAUAUUUGAUUUGUUACGCAUUCCAUUAUAUCAUGGUUGGCUAGUCGAUCCUCAACAGCGUGAAAUAAGUCGUGUAAUCAAUAAUCAAUCCUAUAAUCAAUUAGUUGAUCGAAUAAUCGGUUCAAAAACAACCAAUUCAAAUGAUAAUGAAAUGUUUUUAGCCGAAGAAUUUCUUAAUCAAACAGCAUCGCAAUUGACCAAUUAUGGCCUUUCUCAGUUAAUACGACACAUAAAAGAUGAUGAAAUAUCAAUUUUAUUUCGCAAUAAUCAUUUUAUUACUAUGUAUAGACAUAAGGGUAAACUUUAUCAAUUGGUAACCGAUCAAGGAUUUUUGACUGAACCAAAUGUUGUUUGGGAAUCAUUGAAUAAUAUUGAAGGUGAUGAUUAUUUUGUUGAUGCUGAUUUUCAGUUAGUGCCACCUAAACCAUUGACAAUACCCAUGCCUUUGUCAUCUUCAUCAACAAUGACAACUCAGCUGCCAAAUUUAAACAUACAGCAACAGAUUGAUCAGGACUAUCUGAUUGCAUUGAGCUUGGAACAAGAACAAAAUUUCGAGGAUCAACAACAACAACAACGAAACGUAAAAUCACGAAAUUUUGCAGACAAUAAUAAUUUGAAUAAAACACCAAUUAUUGACGAUAAUCAAAAAACAUUGUUGAGCGAUGAAGAAUUGGCUAGGAAAUUACAAGCAGAAGAAGACCAGUACUAUGAACAACAACAAUUACGUCAACAGCCCAAAAAAUUGCCAACGACCCACGAAAACAAAACCUAUGCAUCUGUUGUUUCAUCAUCACAACAACAACAACAACAGCAUACAAUGAAGACUACGAAAGAUUCGAAAAGUGGUAAUUGUCUACCUAAUCAUUAUCAAAUUUCUAGCAGUAGCGACAUAGCUACUUGUAAUACGAAUGCCAUAACCACUUCAUCAUGCCAUCAUCCACAGUCAUCAACAACAAAAUCGUCAUCUACAAUACCAUUAUCCGGACAUUAUCAACAACAACAUCCACGAACUUCAACAUCAUCUUCGUCAACUUCCAGUCAUCAUCACCAACAUAAACAACAACAACAACAGCAUACAAAUCCAUCACAUCAUCAACGUUCAACAUCAACGGAGCAGAGUGCGUCCACACCGGUCACACCUACAACAACCACAAGUAGAACCAUACCGGAUGAUCGUCAUAGUGUAUCAUCAAGGCGUUCACAGAAUAAAAAUUGCACGAUAUCAUAGUCACCAAUCAUCGUUUACAUGAGCCAUUAUAAGUUUGUUUGUUCGCCCAAUGAGUGCCUCCUGAGUCGUGGUUUUAUUUAUUUUUUUCUUGUUGCUCAUGUUAUCAUCAUCAUGUUCCAUGUAUAGCUUCUUCUUCAAUCUUUGAUCAUAUUCUGUGAGAUUCAUUUUUAUUAUGCUGGAAUUUUCAUUGAAAACCAUGGAACAUUUUAUAAAGCAGUCAAACGCGUGUGGAAAUCAAAAGCGAAAAUGUGAUUUUUUUUUGUUUCUUCCUUCAUUGUCUUCAACAUUGAUCCAAUUUUCCUGGUAAACUUUCAUCUAUUCAUACAUUUUUUUUUUUGAUUCUAAGAUUUUUUUCUUUCUUCAGAAUCUAUGUUUUUUAAUAAUAUACAAAUGUCAAAAUCUUAUGUAGACACUUACACACAUACACAAACACACACACACACACACAAAAUUGUUACAACAAAUCAUGAGAAUAUUUUCAACGGACAGAUGGAAAAUGGUUGGCCAUUAGAUGGCCUGUUUUGGUUGGCAUAUUUCGUUACUUUAAUAAUUUUUUUUUCUUCAUCUUCAUCUUAAUUCAUUUUUUUCACAUUUAUAACGUGUAUCUUUAAAAGAUUGAUUCGUUGAAUUAUUUUUUGUUUGUUUG